GGCUUCUUCCUCUCUGACACCGGAGUUUGCUCUGGCCAGAUUGAUAAUCUGUACCAAGACAUUUCACAAGUUCGCUGGUUACCCGAAGCGAGACUAGAUCACAGUCGGAAAAUGGCAGAUAUUGAUCUUCCUUCUAGGCUUUUUGCAGACAGAGAAGAACCUGCCGGUGAUCGGGUUAACAUGUCUCUGAUUAGGCCACCUCCCGGUGUGACGCCUUACUGGUUUACCCUUUUCGGUGGGGAAAAUUAUUUCACCGGCGAGAUGUUGUUGUCGAAGCUGCAGAAAUCUAAGGCUUUAACCAGCGAAUUGCGGGUUAAGUAUGCAUGCUUGUUGCUGGUAGAUGGAUUUCUUGGUCGGCGCUCGUUCCACAUGAUGAUUCCGAGGGAGCAUGUUGAGAUGAUUCGGGAUUUGGAUGUGUUUUUGAAAUAUCCCUGGGGUCGGUACAGUUUUGAUAUGACGAUGCAAUGCAUUAAGUCUAGAUCUUUACUUCAAUUGGCUCAGGCCACUGUUGCCAUCCAAGGUUUUAUACACGCUUUGGUCCUUGUAUUUGUGGAGGCUAUUCCGGCCGUUCUUUCAGUAGGUUGUGAUAGAACCGAACCGGAAUCCGACGAUGAAGAAAUGUUCCCUGUAAUUUCUUUGAAAUUAGAUAAAGUGUGGGAAUUGGAUGGAGAAGAUCAGGUCGAUGUUCUGUCUAUCAUACCUUCGGCUGAUGUUGUCACCGGGGUGGAAGAUUGCGGUUGGGUUGAUGAGGUAAGUGACCCCAGUGUUCACGUAUUGUUAAAGCGCCUUGAAGAAGGUGUCAAGUCCAGCCGUCAGAUACCCAAACAAGCUUUUUUUAUCGUCGUCAUUAGUCAGUUUCGCCGAUUUGCGCCGUGUUCUUCAAUGGCGCUAAAAUUUCACCAACAGAUCAUAUCAGACCUUCUCGAGGACUCUAAUGGCGGAUUAGUAAUCCUCUCCUCCGGUCUCUCCCUCGCUAAAUUAAUCGCUUCUCUCCUCAUCCUUCACUCUCCGUCGCAAGGAACUCUACUUCUCCUCCUCUCUCCCGCCGCUCUAUCCCUCAAAUCCAGAAUCAUCCAUUACAUCUCCUCUCUUGAUUCUCCUACUCCAACGGAGAUCACCGCAGAUCUUCCGGCGAAUCAGCGUUACUCGCUUUACACCUCCGGUUCUCCUUUCUUCAUCACGCCGCGGAUUCUCAUCGUCGAUCUAUUGACUCAACGGAUUCCAGUUUCUUCACUCGCCGGAAUCUUCAUCCUCAAUGCUCAUUCACUUUCCGAAACCUCCACUGAAGCAUUCAUUGUACGAAUCGUUAAAUCCCUAAAUGGCUCCGCUUAUAUACGCGCCUUUUCCGAUAGACCGCAAGCUAUGGUCUCCGGUUUCGCCAAGACUGAACGCACCAUGCGUGCUCUCUUCCUCCGUAGGCUCCAUCUUUGGCCAAGGUUUCAGUUGGAUGUGUCUCAGGAAUUGGAGCGAGAACCACCUGAGGUUGUGGAUAUUAGGGUUUCGAUGUCGAAUUACAUGGUGGGAAUACAAAAAGCAAUCAUUGAAGUCAUGGACGCUUGCCUCAAGGAGAUGAAGAAGACCAACAAGGUUGAUGUGGAUGAUUUGACUGUAGAGAGUGGCUUGUUUAAGUCCUUUGAUGAGAUUGUGAGGAGGCAGCUUGAUCCUAUUUGGCAUACUUUAGGGAAAAGGACAAAACAGCUUGUUUCUGAUUUGAAGACUUUAAGGAAGUUGCUUGAUUAUCUUGUUAGGUAUGAUGCUGUGAGUUUUCUGAAGUUCUUGGAUACACUAAGGGUAUCAGAGAGCUAUCGGUCUGUUUGGUUAUUUGCAGAGUCCAGUUAUAAAAUAUUUGAUUUUGCAAAGAAACGAGUGUAUCGUCUCGUGAAGGCAAGUGAUGUCAAGUCAAAGGAACUUGUUAAGAAUAAGAGUGGUAAAAAGAGAAAGUCGAAGGGCGAAAAUGACUCUGUAGAAGCAGUUGGUGUGGAAACGGCAACAAAUGUGGCUACUGGCGUUGUUGUUGAAGAAGUUCUUGAAGAGGCGCCAAAAUGGAAAGUCUUACGUGAGAUUUUAGAAGAGACACAAGAAGAAAGAAAAAAGCAGGCUUUUUCUGAGGAAGACAACAGCGACAACAAUGGAAUAGUUCUUGUGGCUUGCAAAGAUGAACGGUCCUGCAUGCAGCUUGAAGAUUGCAUCACAAACAAUCCACAGAAGGUAAUGCGGGAAGAAUGGGAAAUGUACCUGCUGAGCAAAACCGAACUCCGCAGUAUGCAGACACCGCAAAAGAAGAAACAAAAAACUCCCAAGGGUUUUGGGAUUCUUGAUGGAGUUGUUCCAGUAACUACAAUACAGAACUCGGAAGGUAGCAGUGUUGGCAGACAAGAGCAUGAGGCUCUUAUGGCUGCUGCGUCUUCUAUUCACAAGCUUGGAAAGACAACGGAUAUGGCUCUUGGAAAUAACAACCCAGAGCCUCAUGUUGAAAAGGCUUCAUGUACCAAAGGAAAAGCUAAAAAGGAUUCAACAAGUCUCCGGAGAUCCAUAAGAAGUUGCAAUAAGAAAAAGGAAAACAGUAAACCUGAAAUCUUAGCAGGCCCAGAGAAUGAAGAAAAAGCCAGUGAAGCUAGCACAUCAGGCCCCCGGGAAGCUAAUGUCGUUCACUCCAGUAGUGCUAAAAAGCUACCGCAUGUGCAUUUUUAUGCCUUAGAAAGUGAUCAACCUAUACUAGAUAUCUUGAAACCCUCUGUGAUCAUUGUCUACCAUCCUGACAUGGGUUUUGUUAGAGAAAUUGAGGUGUACAAAGCAGAGAACCCUUUGAGAAAGCUGAAAGUGUAUUUUCUUUUCUAUGAUGAGUCCACAGAAGCGCAGAAGUUUGAAGCAAGCAUACGUCGAGAAAAUGAAGCGUUUGAAUCAUUGAUCAGGCAGAAGUCUUCGAUGAUGAUUCCCGUUGAUCAGGAUGGGCUCUGCAUGGGGUCCAAUUCUUCUACAGAGUUUCCAGCUUCAAGUACUCAAAACUCAUUAACCCGAAAAGCAGGCGGGAGAAAGGAAAUGGAGAAAGAGACACAGGUUAUAGUUGACAUGAGGGAGUUCAUGAGCAGCCUACCAAAUGUUCUUCACCAGAAAGGCAUGAAGAUAAUACCAGUUACACUAGAGGUCGGCGACUAUAUCCUAUCUCCUUCAAUAUGCGUGGAGAGAAAGAGCAUUCAAGAUCUUUUCCAGAGCUUCACAUCAGGUCGUUUAUUUCACCAAGUUGAAAUGAUGUCCCGUUAUUACAGAAUACCGGUUCUUCUCAUCGAGUUCUCGCAAGACAAAAGUUUCUCCUUUCAGUCAGCGAGUGAUAUAUCAGAUGAUGUGACUCCAUAUAACAUCAUAUCAAAACUAUCAUUGCUAGUUCUGCAUUUUCCUCGGUUAAGGAUAUUAUGGUCUCGAAGUCUACAUGCAACUGCAGAAAUCUUCACUACCUUAAAAUCCAAUCAGGACGAGCCUGAUGAGACUCGAGCAAUAAGAGUUGGUGUGCCUUCAGAAGAAGGUAUCAUAGAAAAUGACAUCAGAGCCGAGAACUAUAACACAUCAGCAGUAGAGUUUCUGAGAAGGCUUCCUGGAGUUUCAGACGCGAAUUACAGAUCGAUUAUGGAAAAAUGUAAGAGUUUGGCUGAGCUAGCGACUUUGCCUGUGGAGACAUUAGCAGAACUCAUGGGUGGUCACAAAGUUGCUAAAAGUCUCAGAGAGUUUCUUGACGCUAAGUAUCCGACUUUGCUUUAAAGAGAGAGGUAACACUUAUUUAAUUUAGAAGUUCAAUCACAAAGCUGCUUAGUUAUUUCUUGUUCAGCUGUGAUAUUUAAUGUAGAUUAGAUUCUCCAUUUGAUCAUUUAUGAGUUGAUUGAUCUGUUGUAACAGUUAUACUAGUGAGCAUUACUUUGAUUGUAUUUAAAUCUUGUUUUCAUUGAGUACUCUUUGGUAGUUUUGUAGAAACAGUAAAAUAUUGAAUUAGUG